CUCCCCUCUUCUUCUUCUUCUUCUUCUUCUUCUGCGCCAACGGCGGGCGGGUGAGAGAGAGAGAGAGAUAGAGAGGGAGAGGGGGGAAGAGAGCGAUGGAAACGAGGAGCGGCUCGCGAUACCCGAAGCUCCAAUCGGAGGUUAAUGGAGGGGAGGGGGAUAGGAAGCGGCGGAGAGGCCAAGUCAAGGAAUAUUUAUCCGGGAAGCGGCGGCGAGAAGCGUCGCCGGCGGAGGAGGGAAGUGGUGAUGAAGAGCCCAACUUUUUAAAUCAAUUGCCGGACGAUAUUGUCGUCUGUAUCCUCUGCAAGCUCAGCUCCUCCGCCGCUUGUCCUUCUGACCUAAUCAACGUUCUCUUAAUCUGCAAAAGAUUGAACGGAUUAGGUUUGCAUCCCCUGGUUCUCUCGAGGGCGGCGGCGAAAUCACUCGCUGUCCGGGCGAAAAACUGGUCAGAAUCCGCUCACCGGUUCUUAAAACAGUGCGCCGAUGCCGGAAAUCUUGAAGCAUGCUUUAUUCUCGGCAUGAUCCGAUUCUACUGCCUCCAGAACAGGGGGAGCGGGGCGGCGCUGAUGGCGCGGGCGGCGAUGGGGUCGCACGCGGCGGCGCUCUACUCGCUGGCGGUGAUCCAGUUCAACGGCAGCGGGGGUUCAAAGAACGGCAGAGACCUCCGGGCCGGCGUCGCGCUGUGCGCCCGCGCGGCCUUCCUCGGCCACGUCGACGCCCUCCGCGAGCUCGGCCACUGCCUCCAGGACGGCUACGGCGUCCGCCGUAACGUCGCCGAAGGCCGCCGCUUCCUCGUUCAGGCCAACGCCCGCGAGCUCGCCGCCGUCCUCUCCUCCUCAUCCUGGCCACCGGCGGCGGUGCCGACAGGGUGCUGCCCCCUUCUGAGCGACUUCGGGUGGAGCGUGCCGGCGACGGAGCCGCACCCGGCGAACCGGUUCCUGGUGGAGUGGUUCGGCGCUCGGGGCGGCGUGGCGGGGGACGAGCUGAGGCUGUGUUCGCACGGGGGGUGUGGGCGUCCGGAGACGCGGCGGCACGAGUUCCGGCGGUGCUCGGUGUGCGGGACGGUGAACUACUGCUCCCGUGCGUGCCAAGCUCUGGACUGGAAGCUCGCCCACAAGGUCGACUGCGCCCCCAUGGAACAAUGGCUCCUCGACGGCGCCGCCGCUCCGGCGGCGGCGGUGGGUGGUGGUGACGCUGCGAUGGAGUGAGGGAGGAAAGGUUUCGUGACGUCGGAAUCAGAGUCGUCAAUUUUCUCCCUUUUUCGUUGUACAGCAGGGAAAAUUAGGAGUAGGUCUCCUCUAUAUUUAUUUAUUUAGAUUCCCAUUUUAGGUGGAGACAUGGUGCCUCUUUUGAGGUAAAAGCUUUUCGGCUCUUCCUAGUUCUAAUUUAAUUUAUGGAAAAAUUGGAUCUGUUUUGAU